AUUGUGUAUGAAAAUAAAAGUAAAUGUACAUGUGGUAGAACCACAUUUUACAUCAGUGGACUCAAAGUCAGUUCCUGGAGGUCCACAGCCCUGCAAAAUUUAUUUCCGACUAGCAUGUGCUUGGAAGUUUUGAAUGUGAGAGAGAGAUGUAAGAUUAGUUUCAAUGUUCCAAAAAAAAAAAAAAAGAUUUCUCUUGUUUACAUUUUUUUUUAGCAUCAAACUGCAUUGUAACCAUCGGAACCAGUUGAGACAUAUUCCAGUUAUCAGAAGACAAACUAUGGACAGUUUACGGCCAGAAUUGCACAACAUCAUCAAGCAAAGUGAUCUAAUUUUAGAUGGUAAUCCUACUCGAUACCAUCUGAAACCGGAGACAUUAUCUCACAAUGAAUCUCAACCAUACAGAAAAAUUAUGUUUGGCGAAAGAAACAAGAAUAAACCCCAUAGAGUCAUUCUGAUAGUUGGAGAAACAGGAACAGGAAAAACAACUCUACUCAAUACUAUGGUCAACUACAUGUUGGAUGUUCAGAGAAAAGACCAGGUUUGGUUUGAGAUCACAGAUGAUCAGAGUGACCUAUCAUCAGCUCACAGUCAGACCUCCAAAAUCACUGUUUAUGGGUUUUAUCUACAAGAGAGCAAAACCUAUUUAACAAUCAUUGACACUCCAGGAUAUGGAGACACUCGUGGAGUUGAUCUUGAUAAAGAGAUUGCUGAGAGUUUACUUUUUUUAAGUAAUUCUGAAGAAGGGAUCAAUGAAAUACAUGCAGUGUGUCUGGUUAUUAAAGCAACACAGAAUCGACUCUCUGACAGACAAAUAUACAUAUUUGAUGCUGUUCAGUCUUUAUUUGGAAGAGAUAUUGCUGAAAACAUAGUCUUGCUCUUCACACACUCAGAUGGAAAGCGUCCUAAAAAUGCCCUGACGGCUGUUGAAGAGGCUAAAAUCAAGUGUGCAGUAAAUGACAAAAAACAGCCAGUGUGUUUCCUGUUUGACAACUGUCAGUCAGAAACUGCUGAUGAAGAUGAUGAUCAAGAAGAAUAUGAAAUGACUCAGGAACAAUCAUGGAAUCGCAGUUUUAAAGGAAUGGGACAAUUUUUGGAUUUUAUUCGUGAAAUACAACCAAAAUCCCUGAAGAUGACUCAAGAUGUGUUGCAGAAUCGAAAGCAGUUGGAGGCAAAUAUCAAUAAUCUUCAAUCACGUGUUGAACUGACAGAACUAAAACAAAGCCAGCUGAAACAAACUCAAAAAGCUCUGGAAGAGAACAAAAAAAAUGUAGAAAACAAUAAGAACUUUGAGUAUGAAGUUGAAGUGCCUUACAAAGAAAAGGUUGAUAUUGAUCUUUCUUUGGCCUAUAAUGCAGUGUGCUGCACCGUCUGUGAGGAGAACUGUCAUUAUCCAGGAUGCUGGCGGAUCACCACUGUCCCAAUGUGCCAUGUGAUGAAAGCUGGGCACUGUACAGUGUGCACAAAUAAAUGCCACCACAGCAAACAUGUCAAAGAAGCAAAAAUAUAUCAAACAAAAAUGAGGACAGAGACGAGGACAUAUGAAAAUCUAAAGAAGGAAUAUGAUGGAAAGAUUGGAGAUGGUGUGUCUUUGGUCAAGAAGCUGGAAGAAGAACUGCAAGAAUUAGAGAAAGACAAAAUUAAGCUGAUUAAUGAAGCUUUUGACUGUGUGGAAACUCUGGAGAAAAUCGCGCUCAACACUAAUUCUGUGCUCACACUUCAGCACAUUGAUUUUUUGAUUGAGAAGCUGAAGGAAAGGAAUGAGCCAGAAAAAUUCAAAAUGCUGGAAACCAUCAAGAAUAGAGCAGGAAAAGGAAAAAAAGGAGCCCUGGGAUACUUCACAAGUUUUUUUAAAAAAUAAACAAUUCAUGUGUCAGUUAAUCAAAAAAAAAAAAAACCUAAAUCCUUAAAAGCAGAGGUAUUUAACCCUGCUCCUGGGGACCCACUAUCCUGGAGAGAACGCCAACUCUUAUCAAACACACUUGAAGCAGCUAAUCAAUAUCUUCUGGACCACAAGGCACUUUCUCACCAGAGGAACCAUUUCAUAGUUCCUAGAACUAGUGGCAUAAGUUCCUGCUUUUUGGUGUGUUCACACCCCAGUGAACUAGGAACCAAUGUUCCCUCUAAUUUUUUUUUCUUGCUGAGCAAAACUUUUUUUCUAUUGGGCGGAUAUUUCGGCCACCUGAGCAAAAAAAAUCUUUAUACCAUACCUGUACAGCACAACACACAAAAAACUGUGCAACUUUUAAUUUUAAUGUGCUAUUUAUAUUUGAUUUGACCCUUGACUAAAUGAUGUACAUUUUUAGGUUACCUGAGAAAACAUUUUUUUAUACGUCAGUAUAAUACACAGCCAUUCAAGAGUUUGGUAUCAGUAAAGUUUAUGGUAACACUUUAUUUUGAUGGUCCCUUUUGAACAUUCUGUUGACAAUAAAUAAUGUUGCACCUACAUGUCUACUAACUCUCAUCAGAGUAUUAGUAGACUGUUUGCUUAAUAUCUGC